AAUUAAUUAGGUAGACUCAUAAAGUCAUGCAAGAUGGGGGAGAAUGUGAAUGUCCAUCAGAAUAAUCCAUCAGUAGGCUCUAGAUCCUUAAAUAAUUAUGGGAGGCAUGGGAGCCAGGACAGGAGCGCUGAGCUGGGAGGUACUGAUGGUAUUGAUGCCACGCUUGAUGUCAACACAGUGUUUACCAUCAAACAUGACCCGUUGGAGGCAGUCAUCAAAGAGGACCCGUUAAAGGCCAUCAUCAAAGAUGACCCGUUAGAGGCCAUCAUCAAUGAGGAGGACCCGUUAAAGGCCAUCAUCAAAGAUGACCCGUUAGAGGCCAUCAUCAAUGAGGAGGACCCGUUAGAGGCCAUCAUCAACAAUGACCCGUUAGAGGCCAUCAUCAAUGAUGAGUCGUCUGAUGCCGUAGAGGGACCAAAUAUCAUGUCAGCUGAAGAAGAAUUCUCUACAGAUGAUGGCCAGGUCGAGGCGGGAGUGGCACCUGACACCCCACGCACCCCUUCUACAGGGUGCAGUACUGCAACUGUUGACGACCAUGUGAUUGAAUGUGAUGUUGUCCUCGAUGACCAAGACCCAGGCGGCAGUAACCCAAGAUUAAACAUCAAAAUUGAUGUGAAACGUCAUGGGAAAAAUGCCGGUAUAAAUAAUAUUGACUUCGAACCUCCACCAGAAAAAAAUGAUCUAAAAUCUUGUAGGAAAAAUUCCAAUAUAAAUAAUAUUGAUUCUAAAGCCCCACGAGAAAAAAAUACAAGCAAUAAAAACAACCGGCGAACAAGGUUGAACAUCAAAAUGGAUCUAAAAUCUCAAGGGAAAAAUCCCCAUAUAAAUUAUAUUGACUCGAAACGUACACGAGAAAAAAAUACAUGCGAUAAGAACCCUCGGCAAAAAGUGUUCGAGUGUUCGGAUUGUGAUUACUCGAGUGUAGUAAGAAAAAACUUUAUCCAGCACGUAUUGUGCAGACAUUCAGGGGUUAAGAAGUUUAAAUGCCCGGAGUGUGAUUACUCAGCAGCAUUUAAACAUGUACUCACAAAACACUUUAUGAGUAAACACGCGACUAUUAAGCCAUAUGAGUGUCCCAAGUGUAGUUUCUCAUGUGUCACAGCUCAUAGGUUAAAGUCCCAUAUUAUGACGAAGCAUUAUAACUAUAAACCUCAUCAAUGUAAUCUAUGUGAGUAUGCCACCGACAGACCUGAUGUGCUCAGGCGACAUUUUCUUAAGAAACAUCCCGGGCAUAAGCUUAAUAACUUGCAUGAUUUAACUAAACAUAAUUCCGGUACAUAGAUAGAUUUAGGUUUAUAUGUUAACCAUUAAUAUAUAAAUUCCAGUACAUAAGAGAUAGAUUUAGUUUUUAUUUAACCAUUAACAUAUAAAUUCCAGUACAUAAGAGAUAGAUUUAGUUUUUAUUUAACCAUUAAUAUAUAAAUUCCAGUACAUAAGAGAUAGAUUUAGGUUUUAUUUAACCAUUAACAUAUAAAUUCCAGUACAUAAGAGAUAGAUUUAGUUUUUAUUUAACCAUUAAUA